AUGGAAAACAAAGCAAGAGCUACUCUCUCCAUCGUCCUAGUAGUACUCUUGUGUGCUGCGGUUUCGUUCACUCCAGGAGUAGCUCAUGAGCAACCACCGCGAUCACUGUUUCCCCCGAAUUCUCCUAUCGACCCAGAGAAAUGUUGGUCAUCUCUCUUUAACGUCCAUGGAUGCGUAUUCGAGCUCUACAAAUCAGUUUUUACAGGAAAAUUUGGAAAUGUUGGCGUCGCGUGUUGCAAGGCAUACUCGACCAUCGAUGCUAACUGUUGGCCUCAUAUGUUCCCGUUGAAUCCGUUUUUUCCACAUCUUCUUAAGAAAAACUGCGCACACAUCGUUCCUAAUUUGCCCGCACACAAGUGA